CUUCAUUCCAAUCAUUAGCUGCAAAUGCAAAGUUUGCCCAUUGUUAAUUCUUUGAAAAGUGAACAACAGCUUAGAUAGUUCUGGAACACGAUCUUGAUUAAAUAAUAAUUUGUGUCAACGAAAUGAAAAACCAUUUUCAACUUUUGCUGGCAAUAUGUUUAAGUUUGUUUGCUAGAAUAAAUACAGAGCAAUUGUAUUUUGGACAUAGAAUCAGAACGGACAUAACAAGUUAUGAGUUAACAUUUUACGCGUUCGAAAUGACGCCAAUGCGGAAUAUUGAGAACUGCGUUGAAUCGUGCAAGUCAAAGAAACAAUGCAAAAUUAUUAAUUAUGACCAUAAGGCAAAGCUUUGCUAUCAUGUAGGCUCUGACAUUAAUGAGGAAUUCUUUCAGGAAGAUUUUGUGGAGGAGAAACCAGUAUUUAGUUACGGGGUUAAAAGAGAAUGGAAUAUGAAGGGAUAUGAACAAUGUGAGAGCUGCUAUGAAGUUGGCGUCUGUAGUCAGAAUGGAGCUCCUGCUGUCCCCAAGUGUCAAAACUCCGGUUGCAGACUUCCUGUAGAGAAAAGCAAUGCUUUCUACAGAGGAAACCUCUUCUCAAUCGGAAAUAAAGUUGAGUACAAAUGUCAAGCUGGAUACAAAAGUAAUGUGACCGAUCCUCUGACAAUAACUUGUCUACAAAAUGGAUCGUGGAGUGAUCUUGUGUUCAGAUGUUUGCCUGAAUCUGUUUUCGGAAGUAACGUCCAUGAGAAAGGAAACAACUAUUAUAAAGUAAAUCUGAAGAAGCAAAAUUGGGAUGAGGCAGAUGCUGAAUGCCAAAGAAUGAAGUUACAUCUAGUGUAUAUAAAGUCGGAAGCAGAGCAGAAAUUUAUAGAGGAAAUUAUACCCGAACCCUACGGUAACGUGUGCUUUUGGAUUGGUGGCGUUCGAACAAGCGAUGACAAGUUUGAAUGGCUUGAUGGAGAACAGAUCACCGAGUAUCAAUGGGAUAAAGAACAGCCAAACAAUAUAGACGGCCAGUAUUGCAUCACUCUUAACCCAGGAACUUACAAAUGGAACGACAGAGGGUGUAGCAGUUACUGUUAUUCUGUAUGUGAGCUUUUAUAGCCGUGAGUUAAAGGACACGUGUUUGCAUGAAUACGCCCUCCAGUCAAAUAUACAUUAUCUUAUUACCUCCCGCUUUUUAAGAGGAGUUUUUUUGUUUAUUUUUCUUAGGAUCAGAUGAUGUUAUUAAUAAACAGAUCCAAAUGGUUUGUUUGACGAACACCCCAUGCACUUGUCCAAUGACAUGUUCAACGAGAUAAAAGAUAUUUCAUUUAUUUCUUAAUUUUUUUUCAAUUUUAUGAUAAUCCUAAAUUGCAUAUUUAAAAAGAUAUGUACUAACGUCAAACCUGUCAUACUUAGUCUUAUUGUAUAGUCGUAACAAUAAAGAAAUAAGAUUGUUUCGGUUCAAUGCUAAACUAUUAGUAGAGAUAGGACGGGAAUAUUAAUCCAUUUUCCUCAUCAAACAGCUAUCAGCUAUUCGGGCCAUACGAAAGAGUGAGCUUAUGAUAACUUUUCGAUAUAGUUAAGGUAUAAUAAAGGGAGCAACGGUUUUCCUGGAGUGAAAAAAAACGUCUCUUCAUAUUGACGUUAUGCCAUCGUCUUUGACUUAUCAUGCGUACAGAAAUAACUUUUGACGUAGGACACUUUUAUUAUUGAUAAUUGUUCAUGAAUGUAUUUCUAAAAAAAUAACAAACUCCACAUGAUGCGUGUGGAUCCAAUCUGCGGACACCGAGGUCAUUUUCGAUUGCGAAACAAGUUCUGGCAACAUAUAAUGCAGUCAAGAAAUUAUAUCAUAUGUUAAAUAUUGAUGUAAUGGGCAAGUGGCUAAAUUCAAUAAAUAAAUUGUCAUUGUCAUGUA